AUGCCGCCCACCCUGAGGCCCACCCGGGGCGGUUUUGAAGUCGGUAUAGACGACUUUCUUGACAAUUUCGACCCCGACGACCCAGAGGCUAUCCGAGAUUGGGAAGAGAGAUAUGGCGAUGUGGACGAUGAUGCUCUCUUCCGAUCAGGCUCGGCUAGCCUUCAGCAGCGACAGGAUCUGCAUCUCAGAUUAUUUCUGAAGAGUAUGAAAGCUUACAGUGCGAGGUAUGACGAAAACUACAAAGACUUGACCGACGACCAGAUCAUGGACCAAGAAAUCAGGUCUGCGAGUGAGGAGACAGUGCUCAGAAACGUUCGCAUCUAUCUACGUGAUGCCUGUUUCUUCACACGUGGCCGAGCGAUGCAAGACAAUAGACCCAGAUAUCAAACACUUAUUCAGCAUCGUAACAGCAUGUUGUUCUGGGUGAGAUGGGAGAUGCCGUCGGAUAGAGUUCCUACUGAAUGGGAGUUCCUCAACGUUGCGAACCAGACGCUGCAGAAUGUCGCGCGUCGCUGGGGAGUUAACAAAACCAGAAAAGUCAAGACUUACAUGGGUCAUCACGAAUUGAAGCAACUCAUAGACGAUGACACAGCCAAAAGCCCUUAUAUGGCUGUCACUGAAAGCCAUCACCUUGCUUGGUGCUUGGGCCUUAUCUGUGGCGUGCGUCCUGGUUCUAUUGGUUGGUCAAAGAACUGGCCUCAUCAAUUCCUGACGUUCAAUGAAGUUCAGAUAUCCCGCGGUCAUUAA